UGAAUGUGUUUGUAGGGGGUUGUAAUGGUUUAUCUCAAGUUGCAGAACCGCAGCACGGGAGGUUAGUUUCGAGAAUUUCUUUUUCCUGUUUGUCUCACUGAGGCAGUUUUCAGAAUCACAAUAACAGUUCUAGAGAAGUGAAGACUCAGUGAGAAGGGGCGGAGGUGGAAUGAGAACUUCUAUUUAACCCACUCGGCUACCAGCGGCAUUCUGUGUUUCCUCCAUCUCAGGUCUCUAUGCUUUGUUCCCAGGGUCCCGGGUUCAACUGGCAAGGAUAACUUGCAUCAAGAACCAUGGCUGUUGGUCGUCAGCAGUCCUCUCACCUGGACCCAGACAUACCCCAAAAGGUAUACAAAUAUGAAGGGACAGUGGAAAAAGAGGCGGUGGAACCUGGAAUGCCAAAAAAUCUUAAAAAUCUUCUGCCCUGGAGUGAAGUGAUAGAGAAAGGAACAGCCAAGGAGGAAAAACAAAGUCCAUCUCUAUACAUCUCAAUCAUCGCUCAACCUGAGUGUGAGAAUAAUCAUGAGAUCUGCCCAAGUUUCCAGCAACAUCAGAUUUACAACACUGACUCCAAACAGUACAGUCACUUGGACACUGAGCACACAGCCAAUAACGUGGUGAACUCAACAGAAGGAAAGCCAGCCCAUCAGUCAAAGACUCCACGUAUCAAAGGGAAGAAAGCAAAGCGAAAGAGAAGACAGAAAAAUGGUUCUCAAAAUCCAGAUCAAAGGAUUUCCAAGCAGGAGUGUCGGGCCCCAAUCCCUGUUCAGGAUGAAGAGUCACAGCACAACCUAAAUGUUUGGUGGAGUGAUGGGAAGGAGAAGAAAGAAAAACAUAACACAAUAUCUAAUGAACAUCAAUGGCAAGAGCUCUAUCUACUUAAAGAAGAUGGACUGAAAGAACACCAUAAACCCAUUAACAUUAAACAGUGCAUAUACCAUAUAGGAGGUGGUAAACUGCCACCAUCAGCUGCUCUCCAAGACCCGUCCCUAGACAGUAUUUCUGAAAUUCUUAAAACCUUGGGGACAAAGAGAUCUUGCGAUGUAGACUAUGGAGAGAUCACAAGCCCAAAGUAUGGCUCACCCAAGCUCAAAAGACCUUAUGAAGACUCAAAGACUGAUUCUGUGGAAGAAUGUAUGCUUGCAGCUCUGAGAGGCAGCGUGAGCAUGGGGGAGCCUAAAAGCCUGUGCACCUUUGCCGAGGCCUGGAAACAAGAAGCAGAUGAUGAGGAUAGAGAAACGGACACUGAAGGGGUCAUACUAACAGAGAAGCUGAAGACAGAGGAUUACGAAUACAAGGAAGAUAUUCACUGGACCAAAGACGGAGAAGCUCUGGGGUCUGGCUCCUUUGGAGAUGUACUUCCUGCAAAGGAUGAGCAAACUGGAGUUAGAUUUGCCGUCAAAAAGAUACAUCAGAGCAGAUUCCGUUCCCAAGAGCUGAAGUCAUGCCUUUGGGUCUCAUCUCCAAAACUUGUCCCAGUGUAUGGAGCAGUCCGGGAGGGACCUUGGAUUAAUGUAUUUCUUAAGCUCAUGACAGGAGGUUCACUGGGACAACUCAUCAAAUUAAAUGGGUACUUACCGGAAGAUCGGGCCCUUUACUACCUUGGACAGGUACUGGAGGGCCUUACACACCUUCAUGCUAAAAGCAUUGUGCAUGGAGAUAUUAAAGCUGACAAUAUUCUCCUGUCAGAAGAUGGCAAUGAUGCGUACCUGUGUGAUUUGGGGCACUCUGCGUAUCUGCCCAUGGAUGGAUCCAAGAAGCAGCUUCUGACGUCAGACUAUGUUCCGGGGACAGAGACACAUAUGGCCCCUGAAAUAGUACGAGGGGAUGCCUGUGAUACAAAGCUGGACGUGUGGAGCUCCUGCUGUAUGAUGCUGCAUUUGCUGAAUGGCUGGCACCCAUGGAGCCGAACUCACAAGCCCCCACUGUGCCUGAAAAUUGCCACUGAGCCACCCCCUGUGAAGGAGAUACCCCCCACCUGUGACCCUCAAACGUGCGAGGUUAUUGUAGCAGGUCUGGAAAAAGAUCCAUUCAGGAGAGUGACAGCAGCACAGCUACAGGAGAAAGUGAAUCUGGCUUUGCAUAAAAUUGGGGGACUGAAAUCUCCAUGGAAAUCUGAAUACAAAAUGCCAAGGAACUUCCCAGAUACCACCUUAUCUCCCAGCCCUGUAAUAGCAACUGAAACCCCUAUUCCUAAACAUGAACCUGCCUUGCAUGAUACCAGGCCCAAUCCCAACAAAUCGAAGCCAGAGCGCAUUAAGCAGAAGACUGACAGCAGUGCAGUGCAGCUAGACAUCUUCCAUGGCAAGGAAAUCCAGAUGGAAAGAGAAUAUUUUCUCACCAAUCUGUUCCUGGAAAGUUCCCUGGAAGAACAGGAGCAAAUGUUGUCUUGCCUGAGCGAGGAGAACAUGGAUCUGCAUCGCAGUCACAAGGACUCAGUGCAUACUUUUGACACAGCAAGCUCUGGAAUUUAUUCUUGGGACAGCAAGAUGGAUCCGCUAAGCCUCAAAAGUGACUCCCUUAUCAAUGCAGGGGUCCCAACCACUCCCAGCUGUUUCAACGGGUAUAAGGUUCAGCUGCAAACACUGAGUGGGGAGAAGCUGCACAUCUUGGAAUCUGGAGGGACUAAGCUUGGAGAUCUGGCCGUGGGGAUUAGCAGUCAGAUCCCGUUGCAGUCCUUCACAAUACUGACCCCAGAAGGAAAGCCAGUACCAUGGAGCACAGAUAUCGCUGAAUGUGGGAUACACUUGCAGUGUGCAUUAGCCCCAGACCAUGGUGGAGGCUGGAUCUGGAGAGUGAUGAGAGGAAGGCUGGAGCAGGGACCCAUGGGAGAGGUGUAUAGAGGUGGAGGCAGUGGUGGUGGCUCCUGCAAGAGAGAAGAGGCCUUUCCUUCAAUCUAAUAUUGCCUUUCCCUCCCUGUACCUCAAUUGCUCCAGUGGUUUUAGAUGGUGCUCAAUUCAAAGCUGAUUGUUCAGUAACAAAACUGAUCCCGUUAAACCAUUCUGAAGAGCCAAUGUUCAGUGGACAGGUUUCUAGCUAAGGUGAGAUUACCUCAAAUAUGAACAUUAGCAUUAUUAUUUCCACUUAGACCUAAAAAAGCCUAAGGGGGCUAUUAUGCAUUAACAUAUUUUCCGGAUGCAUUAUGGAUAGUGAACCUGUCCUCUAAAGAAGUGGCUUAGUCUUAGGGAAAUGACGAGUGGCUUAGCCUUGAGGAAAAGUGUAAUCGAUAUAAAAUACACAGAGGUAUGCAUUUUCCCAAUUGUACACCCAGUUACUGAAGUGAUUUUGAAACAUAAUCAAAUCAAUGUAAUGUUCUAUGUUUUUAAAUAGUAAAAUUCUCUGAAAAGAAA